ACUCUAGAGGUCGAAAACUGCGGAAAAGCGGCGAAAACAAACGGUAGAUGGCAGAUGGUAAUCUAGAUUCUAGAUCUAGAUUCUAGAUCUACUAAAACUUAAUUUUAUAUUAAGUGUCCAAAGUUGAAUGAGAGAGGUGGCUGGAGACCAUGGAAAUUAAUGGAAAUGAAAGUGAAAGCAAUAACCUUUCCACCAGUCAAAAUGAGGGUUUAUCUUCCAAGAUUAUUCGUCCUCACCAUGUUUUGAGGAACAUUUACAGCCCGCAGACUUUAUUGGUUGUAGCGUCAGAAGGCUGUUUAACAGUUCCUGAUGAUUUGAAGACAUUCACAGAAGGGGAUAAUGGAGUCCUAGUACGUUACACAAAAUCCUUACCUCUUGAAAGUGGCAACAAGAGCGCACCUAUUGAUGCAAUUGCUUUGGUUUACAAAGUGUUCAGUGGAGACAGUUUGAAGACAAUCAAAGAUAGUCUUCCUUUCAUAGAUGUCAGGUAUUUUCUGGGAAAGUGCUUCAUACUGGUUGUUUCAGGUGAAGACUUCUGCCCAAAGGACACCUAUGAGAUUGAACAGUUUGCAAGCCAGUAUCAUCUUCCCAUCCACUUUGCUUCUUUAAUUAAGGGAUCAGGACAGUCCAGGCCGGUGCUGCAGGUCCCGUCUCACCUGUUGUCAGUGUACUGCCCACCUGUAGGCUGUGAUGUUAGCCGCCUGAUCAUUGAUGCCACCAUUGUCAAGACAACUGCCGACCUGUGACCAGACAGUUGUAACGGGUGAAACAGAAAGUGUAAUUAUUGUAAAUGUGUGGAUGCCGUUGUUUAGAGGAUGCCACUGGAAGGUCGUACUUCUUUUCUUUCCCCCAUAUUAAAUCACUCCCUGCCAGGGCCUUAGUUCAGACCAAGCUGCUGUCUUCAAGCUUUUUUUUUACCUUUUUCAAAAUUGAACUACUCUGUAUUUAUGUUAGAGUUAUGAAAAUUGGUCAGUUUCAGUAGGAGAUGUUUGGCUUUACAAAACAGAAUUUUGGUUAUUUUGUUUAUGUUUUACAGAUUCUCAAAAUACAAUAAAUGUUAGUGACAAAAACUUUUUCUUUUUGGCCGAACUAUCCUGUACAAGAUUUUUGCUGCUUUUGUGAGAGUGUUGUUAUUUCUGUUAAAAAAUAUAUAAAAUACUAUACAUAUGCUCAAAAAUAUAUAACGAAACAAAGAAAACUGAAUUGAUAAGUUUAUGAUGACUUACACACAGAAUUAGUCUAGGUAGUUCAAUAUUGUGCACGAGUCCUCGAAGCACUGCUGCUCUGUGUCUUGUGGUGUCUGGCACUUAGUACACCACCAUCUCGUCUCUGUUCUUUUCCUGCUUUUUUUUGGUCUCUCUUGGGAUCAGCUUUCGCUUUCUCCACGCUCACUUUGCACCUUCUUCGGGGUUUAUCUUUUGCAGUUCGAGACGAAAGACUCAGAAAAUGUUUCCAAUUCAGUCACCUCUGUAAAGGGUGGCUUUAAGUGGUGUGUCUUCUAGUGUUUCAGUGGAAGAUUUCUGCUUUAUGUAGUCGUCGAAAAGUUCUUCUCCUACAGUUGUGAGAAACUCGUGUAGCCCCAUCUUUUCUUCCCUUUGAGAGUAAAACUUUGUUGUGCAAAAUACAGUGAAACACUGAAUAUAAAGAACAAGUCCGGGCAGUAAAAAUAGCUCUUUAUAUCAGUAGUUUUUUAAUUCAGUCAAUGCACCCCCACGAACAUACUUUUUCUCACGUAGUCCUUUUUGGUCAUAGUAAUAGGAAUAGUAUACACAGUACAUGUGCAGUAACUUAUUUCUUCCCAAGAGAAGGAAAAAAGGAAGCUUAUGGAUGUUUGCUGCUUCUCCUUUUCUCCUACGCCCAUAACAUACUUUUGCAUGUCCCCAAGAACAUUAAAAAAUUGAUCCCCCGCCACCACCCCCAAUUGACUACGAAUUAGUUUCUCAAUUUCUCCACUCUUUAUUUUGCCUCCGCGAAGCUCACUGUCACAUGUAUCUGCUCAUGGUCUUCACUGUUUAUUUGAGAAGUAGAAGCUUCCUUCACUUGCUCCACAAUUUCAGCUUCGGAAGGCACUGCUGAUGUUUGCACACUAGUGUCAAUGUAAAUAAAUUGAAUGGUUGUGCUCAACUGUGUUGGUAACAGUGAUGCAAGGCAUUCAAACAGGUUGACGAACUCCACUGUUUCCUGCUCGACCUCUGGUUUAUGUUCAUCAGAGUCUUCAGAAGACAAGGGUGCUAAAGAGAAGCCAGCAAGUCACCAGCAGUUGCUUAUGGUGGACCAUGCAACGUCCCUAGAUGCUGAUUGCAUCGUGAACAUAGCAUCAAGGACUGUGAUGCGCAUGCUGUCAGCACUUCCACCAGAAUCCAGAUUUGACAGCUACUGGUGCAAAAUACUCUUGAGAUAAAGCCGCUUGAACGCUUGAAAAAUCCACUGAUCACACGCUGCAAUACGCUGGUUGUGUUAGGGGGGGUGGAAACACUAGUUUUUUCUCGAGCAGCCUUGCGACUUCAGGGUGGACAGGGCAGUUAUCCCCUAGAAGCACAAUCUUUCUGCCCCUAACCCCAUUUUUCUGUCCUGCUUCCGAACCCGCUCCUUGAAUGUGCCAAUUAGUCUUGUUGACGUAAUAGUCACAAGGAAGUUGUACAACUCCUCUGAAGCAGUGGGUUUUUUUGGCCUUUCCGAUUACCAAAAGUAGAAGUUUGUCUCUGCCAUCCAUAUUGGCAGCCAGAAGAACGGUCAGUUGGUCCCUGGGCUGCAUGUGUCCAUGCACAUUGUCCAACUUGUAGGCCAGUGUUUUGUCUGGAAGACAGCGAUAAAACAACCCAGUUUCAUCAGCAUUGUAGAUAUCUCUUGGCUGAUAAUCUUGAGGAGCUCUUGUAAGACAGUUGAUUUCUAGUCAGAACCAAUGUCUUCUUGAACCGCUGCCACUUCAACAGAAACCACCUUCUGGGAAAUGCCAUUACAGUGUUUAAAUCGCUGAAGCCAUCCUGAAAAGUGAUUGAUGCAAAGUCGUCUCUGUAGCUGGACCUGCCAGUAAAACUGUCUUUACCUUGGCUGAACCUAAUCUUGGCAUCACACACUGGUCAAAUUAGUUGGCUUUGCAGGCUUGUAUUGUUUGAAGGAAAGUCUUCCUUUGAAACCCACUAUACACGCGUCAACACUCAGCUCACGGCCAGCCUCAAAAUGCGUUUUGAAGUUCUCCAUCGUUAUAUUUGAUUACGUUCCUGACUUUGUACAGAGCAUGAAAUCCCUCCUCACCACGUUGUGGCUGGCUGUGAUUGUCCCAGCAGUGAAAGUUUGUGCUGAGCUCUUUGAAAUGUUUGAUCGGCAUGAUUGAUGAAAUCCACGGGUUGUCGAAGCAACGGUUAGACACUUCGCUGCUGCACGCAGGAGACCUGAGUUUGAUUCCCAAGUGGGAAAAAUUUUUGAUUACUUUUCAGAACUUUUAAAUAAUUAUCUGAAUCAGCAAGCUGCUUGCUUUGGUCUUUCACUUGUCAUUUCAUAACAUCACACUUUUCACUGACAACAAAGGAUUCAUUAUGCAGUCUUUUGAUCUGUGCUUACAGGGAAGCAUUUUCUUUCUUUAACUCUUCAAUUGAGGCAAUGUAAUUAAUGAGCUUUCACUUUAAUUUAGACGACUUAUUUGAUUUUCAUAUUCUUUACUUUGUCUUACCCACUCUGCCUCUUCAUCUUUUGUUUGUUUUCUUUCACUUUGUAAGCUUUCUUCACUGCUGCGGCAGAAAGUCUCAAAGCAUACACUUUCCUUCUCUGUCUCUGUAGAUUUUGUCUAAGAAAUUAGUUUGCCUUCUUCAAAGAAGGGCAAGUGACACAAUCUCUAGGUGUCUUCACUGGGGUGCCCACUGGGAUUUGUACAUUCACACGGGCUGGUGAUGACCUACAUUCUCGACUUCUAAACUCUGUCAAUUCACACACACACAGUUAUGAUGAAGUAUUUCCACUCUUUGCAUUGGUAAGUUGAAGUUUGAUCUAAAGAAAUGAAGGGAUUUUUUUCCCUGUUUUUGUUGACAUGAAAUGGAAAUAAUAAAUGCGCAUACGUUUCCUGCACAACCCGAAGAUUUGAAACUGCAUGUGGUAUACAAAUGUCACUUAUAAAUUAUAAAGCAAAAGAAUGUCAUAACUGCUCCACAAUUUGAGUAUAAGAAAUUAAUUUCUUCCUGUUUCUGACUGCGGUUUUGUCUGAUAUGAGUUUGAUAACCUAUGCGUUUGUGAUUUCUUGGCCACAAGAUAUUAAAGAAACUACUUCGUGAGCAUAUUUUGUAGUAUUCUUCAUAACUCAUUAAUCUGUGGAAAAAA